AUGGCAGACAUCCUGGAACUCCGGACAGAUGGGAACUCACUGCUGAAGGCAGUGUGGCUGCGGCGGCUGAGACUGACCCGACUGCUGCUCGAGGGAGGGGCCUACAUUAAUGAGAGUAAUGAGAGAGGAGAAACUCCUCUGAUGGUAGCCUGUAUGUCCUCGCAUUCUGACCAACAGAGUGUCAGCAAAGACAAACUGGUCAAGUACCUGCUAGACAACCAAGCCGAUCCAAACAUCCAGGACAAGGCGGGCCGCAGUGCCCUAAUGCAUGCAUGUAUACACCGGGCCGGUCAUGAGGUGGUAGAGCUGCUGCUAAGUAACGGAGCUGACCCAAGCCUGGAGGACCGCACAGGAGCCUCAGCACUGGUCUUCGCCAUCAAUGCAGAUGACAAGGAAACUCUGAAAUUGCUACUUGAUGCCUGCAAGGCUAAAGGCAAAGAGGUGAUCAUUAUCACUACAGACAAGUCCCCUUCAGGGACUAAAACCACUAAACAGUACUUGAAUGUACCCCCUUCCCCAGAGUUGGACAAGUGCUCCUUCUCCACAUACUGUACCUCACCAUCAGACAUUGAGGUGACACCUGCGACAGAGCAGCAGAACUCUGUUUUCAGCUUUCAAACCAAGAUGAAAAUGUCCAACCCGACAGGAAAACCCACUAAUGGCCCUGGCUCUCCAAAUCGCCGGCCCACUAACACAAAACGUGCUCGACUGCCUCAGCUGAAGAGACUGCAGUCAGAGCCAUGGGGACUGAUCGCACCCUCUGUGUUGGCUGCUGCAGCGGCCGCUCAGGAGGAGAGUAAGAAAGCCAGCUGUGAGGAUGUAGUGUCUGGUCUGAACGGGCUGGCUUUGAGCAAGCGACCUGUUUUAUCGCGACACAAUAGUGUGGAUGGGAAAGACAGCAUGUUUCCUGUUGUGGGGGACCAGCCAUGUAAAAUGAGUACAUCACUCUCAGUGCCCCCCACAUCAAAGGCCUCCUAUGAGAGGUGUGUGAGCCAGCACCAACCACUGGCCCGCCGCAGCACCCUGCCAUCAGACCAGGAUGGGUCCAGAAGGAGGGUGGGGAAUGAGCUUUGCGACUCUGACUCACAGCUGCAUUCAGACUCUGCCUCAGAUUCACCCAAAGUCCCACUGGAGAGGAGAAAACUAAAUACCUCUCCCUUGGCGCUGCUUACCAGUUCUAGAGAGUCCUUGGACAGCAACAGCAGCACAUCAUCUCCCAGCACAGCUCGUAGACGGGCCCCCGGCCUGCUCGAGCGUAGGGGCUCAGGCACUCUGCUACUGGACCACAUCUCCCACACUCGGCCCGGACAGCUGCCUCCCCUCAACAUCAACCCAAAUCCCCCUAUUCCAGACAUAGGAGUCAGUAGCAAGCCUUCCUCUCCUCUAGCCUCAGGCAUUAGAUCUAUUGCUCCAGUAGCACCCAACACACCAAAGAGAGGCGGCCUAGUGUCAAAGAAGAAACUGGUGAGAAGGCACUCUAUGCAAGUGGAACAAAUGAAGCAGCUCUCAGAUUUUGAAGAGCUGGCGCAUUAG